CAGGUUACAGUAAGCUCCUCCUUAUUUCCAAAGUCUCUCCCUUAAUUUGCUCUCUAUUUCUUGCUUUUCAUGCUUCCUUGGAUUUUGGGUGUUGUGGCUUUUGCUUCUUUUUAGAGAGAGAGAGAGAGAGGAUGAAGGGGUGUAACAAUGAGUCUUCUUCCAAACCGGACAGGAAGACAGUGGAGAGAAACAGAAGAAUUCACAUGAAAAGUCUCUGCUUCAAGCUUGCUUCACUUGUUCCUCCCCAACACUUCAAAACCACCAAUUCCAAGGGUACCAUGUCACAGCAAAAUCAGCUUGAUACUGCGGCAUCCUAUAUAAAGAAACUGAGAGAGAGAAUCGAGAAUCUGAAAGAGAGGAAGGAGAAAGCAAUGAAGUCACAAUUAGGCAGUUCUAAGUCUGACAUUGGCUAUAUUGACCCAGAAAAAACCGCGAUGAUGGGCUCAAGAUUGCCAGUUAUUGAAUUAAGAGACUCGGGUUCAAGCAUAGAAGUGAUGCUGAUCAGUGGGUUGAAUAAGAACUUCAUGUUUUAUGAAGUCAUCAGUGUUCUUGAGGAAGAAGGAGCUGAAGUUGUCAGUGCUAGCUUUACCACCAUAGGCGAUAAAGUUUUCCACUCGGUGCAUGCUCAGGUCAAAAUUUCUAGAGUUGGAGUAGAUACUUCAACGGUAUUGCAGAGACUACAGGAUUUGAUGUAGCUAGCCAGCUUUACCUUUUGAAAACUGAAAAUUUAUAAAUAAGGUUUUAGCAACUACAUCAUGAAAGAGCACCGAAAGGAGAGAGAUGCUUAAUUAGGAUAAACUAAUGUUCCCAGUUGCUGGACGAGCCACUGAGCUAAUGGUCAACAAAUCAAUUAAUAUAUAUACAGAUGUCUGGAGUUACAUUUUGUUUGUUGUUUUUCCCCUUUCUACAUCGGUCCCAAAGUAUAUACUUAACCAUCUUUAUAAAAAAUUAGAAAAUUUUAUGUUUAUAUACAAGAUUACACAUAGAGGGUGUUGAAUCCUUAAUAUUAUGUUUUUACACAUAUUCAUCCUCAUGAAAUCGAUCACUAGAGAGAUUUCAAGAAAUAACAUAUUUAUUCACUCUA